CGGAGCUGACACCAGGAGGGGAGAACCAUAUCGGGGGCCACUAUGUCCGGGGCCACAGCCUGCCACACACUCCUCACCACUUUCCUGACUUUCUGCCUGUUUCUGGCGGCGCGGGGUGACACCUGUGAAAAGAACAUCUGUCAUAAUGGAGGAACCUGUUUUACUGGUGCAAACAAGGAGCCCUUCUGCAUCUGUGCUGAUGGAUUUACUGGUACAUACUGCAACGUGACAGAGAGAGGUCCUUGUCAACCAAACCCCUGCCAGAAUGAUGGUGAUUGUCAAGUGCUGUCCUACACUCGGAGAGGCGAUACCUUUGCACAGUAUGUCUGCAAAUGCCUUCCUGGCUAUGAUGGAGAGCACUGUGAAAACAAUAACAAUCAUUGUUCUUCCUUGCCUUGUAAAAAUGGAGGGAUUUGCAGUCACCUUGACAACGAUUACAGCUGCAAAUGUGCAUCACCCUAUAUUGGGAAGUCCUGCCAAAUUCGCUGUGCCAAUGCUCUGGGAAUGGAGGGUGGGGCAAUAGCUGAUGCCCAGAUUACAUCGUCUUCCUUGUACCAUGGCUUCCUUGGCCUACAGCGGUGGGGGCCGAACCUUGCCCGUUUGAACAAUAAAGGCAUGGUUAAUGCGUGGACUGCAAGUAGCAAUGACCCACACCCCUGGAUUCAGGUGAAUCUGUUAAGGCAGCUGCAAGUUUCUGGAAUCAUCACCCAGGGAGCCAGCCGGAUGGGAAAAGCAGAGUACCUGAAGGAUUUUAAAUUGGCCUACAGUGCUGAUGGACAAGAGUUCACCUUCUACAAGCGUGAGGGUCAGGAUAAAGACAAGAUUUUCCAUGGAAAUAGGGACAAUGAGGGUCGAAAGGCCAAUAUCUUCAGUCCUCCCAUCACUGCCCAGUAUAUUCGUGUGUACCCUGUGACUUGUCACAGAGCCUGCACUCUGCGUUUCGAGCUCUUUGGCUGUGAAAUGAGUGUAUAUUUCAACAUGGUAGGUUGCUCCGAGCCACUUGGAAUGAAAUCCUUCCUGAUCCCUGAUAAGCAAAUUACAGCAUCCAGUGUGUUCAAGACUUGGGGAAUUGAUGCAUUUACCUGGCACCCACACCUAGGCCGCCUGGAUAAGAUAGGGAAGACCAAUGCCUGGACUCCCCUGGAGGAUAGCCAGUCAGAAUGGUUGCAGGUUGACCUCGGAUUUCCUAAGAAGAUCACAGGAAUUGUGACACAGGGCGCAAAAGACUUUGGAAAUAUUCAGUAUGUUGAAUCAUUUAAAGUGGCAUACAGUGACAAUGGCUCCACCUGGACUAUAUAUCAAGACAGCAGGGCAAAGAAUGAUAAGAAAUUCCUCGGAAACAGUGACAACUACUCCCACAAGAGGAACCUCUUCAAUCCUCCAUUUUCCGCACGUUAUGUGCGCAUUUAUCCUCAGUCUUGGCAUGAACGGAUCACCCUGCGUAUGGAGCUUUUGGGUUGCAACAUUUAAGCAGAA